UCCAUACCUCAAUGCAGUCACAACAAGCUGACCUGGGUCAUACUAGAGUGCCAUCACCUUGUACAGGACUAGUCUAGUGCCACCGUUUACGUGAUCGUCUUAUGUAAAAUGAAGGAGCGAAGAGUCAAUCAGCCUUUGGUAAUACGUUGUAAAUUGGUUUUAGUAGGAGAUGUGCAGUGCGGGAAAACAGCAAUGUUGCAAGUCUUGGCCAAAGACUGCUAUCCUGAGACGUACGUCCCAACAGUAUUUGAGAACUACACCGCUGGACUGGAACUAGACGAGCAGCGCGUGGAGCUCAGUUUAUGGGACACGUCAGGUUCUCCAUAUUAUGAUAAUGUCAGGCCUCUGUGCUACAGCGACGCAGAUGCUGUUUUGCUCUGUUUUGAUAUAAGCCAACCUGACACCGUUGAAAGCACCCUCAAAAAGUGGAAGGCAGAAAUUGUGGAUUUCUGUACCAGUACACGAAUAUUACUGGUUGGCUGUAAGACUGACCUUCGCACAGAUGUUUGCACUUUGAUGGAGCUGUCUAAUCAGAGACUUACACCCAUAUCCCAUGAGCAGGGCACCUUGUUGGCAAAGCAGGUUGGAGCGGAGGUGUACCUGGAAUGCUCUGCAUUCACAUCUGAGAAAAGCAUCCACAGCGUGUUUCGAUCAGCUGCACUCACAUGCAUUAACAAACUGCAGGCACCCAUAAAGCAAAGCCCUACACGUCGACUCUCCAAACGCCUCCUUCACCUGCCCAGCAAGGCAGAGCUCCUUACCUCCUCCUUCACCAAGGAGAGAACCAAGAGCUGCUCCAUCAUGUGAGCCCACACCUGCCGCUCUAGCUCCAAAAACACAAGUUUCGCACUUCGAGAGGAUUGAUCGGGGGGGGUUGAGAGGAGAGGAGGUUUCAUGACCCCUCCCUCUCUCUACAAUCAUGUUCUUAUUCUUCCAUCCUGACACCCCACCCACAAACACGCUCCUUCCUGUGUCAAUGAGCAAAAGCAUUUGCUAAAUGUUAUAAAUCCUUAUGCUAAAGUAUUGAUUGAUUUCCCUUUACCAGCAAAUAGCUUUACAUGAACUGCAUUUUUGCAGUAUUAAUGAUCAAUCAGACAAAGAGGGGUUAUUGUAAAUGCAUUACAUACUGGACACUGUAAAAAUACAUUUGGCUUUUUUUUAAUUUGUUAGUGUGUGUACAUUUUAUGGGAAUGGGGUUUGAGCUGUGAACGUAAUCAACUAUUCAAAGGAAGCUGAUGUGCUUCUAUUUCACAGUAUGCCCUUUAGUGGAUGUAGAUGUGAGAUUAACUGGUUGGGCAUGUCAGACAAGGACACUGAAAAAUAAAAGGACAAUUGAGUACAGGUUGGCGUUAGUCGCUGUUUCUAUACCUGAUUAUGCUUUGGUUGUACAUGUGACAUUCAAAAGCUCUGUGAAUGAAUUAUCUAGAAGACAUGAAAGCACGAGGGAGGAGCUAAAAAACACUUUAUUUCCUCCUGAAAAGGAGCACAGUGUUAUAAAUCUGCAGCUAGAUGGAGCAUCCAAUCACACUUGUCAAAUCCAAAUAUAUUGGAGAUGCUGACAUGCACUCUUUCAAUUCUCAUGUCUACUCUAGAAUUUCAUGCAUUCAGAGAAUGAGUCGUAAAUCUCAGCCAAUGAGCUAAAGCCCAGCACUGCCCUUUAGAGACAGGAUUUCUCCCAGGCAAUUUCUCAGUAUAGAGCAGAGCUCAUGCAGGAGUUAUUGCCAUAUUGACCCCUUCCAGCUGUUGAAUUUGUUUUUUUUUGUUUUUUUUUUUUAGAAAAUAAGAUCUUUCUCUGAUUUAAUUUUGAAGAUGGACUGAGCAGGUCAGAGGCAGGGAGAAUGUGGGAUUACUAGGGGACAAAAAACAUUGCAGACAGUCCACCAAAACAGAUCAAUGUUACAUAAGCGAGAGAACAAUUUGAAUGUGCCUGUUGAUGUUUUUCUCUUUUUUUUUUUAAACUGGAAGUAAUCUUGGCAUAAUUCUCAAAAACAGACAUGUAAAUUAUUCCUGCCUGGUUGUACUAUGUUGGUUAUUAUCUGGGCUGGACAUUGAAGUGCAAUACAUUUUCCCAUAUUCUGGUGCAUUUAGUCUCACAGUCAGAGAGAACUCUCCUUUCAUCCUAAACAUUAUUCUGGUAAUCUCUGUUUUAAAUCCCACCACCCUGGUUGUACAAUGCUUAAUCAUAAAACAACUAAAUCCUCACUUUGGGCUUAUAAAUGGCCAUGUAGAAAUGAACUGAGUACUCAGAGAGGCAUUACAAGAAAUCUUUCAAAUAACCACAAAUAUUCAGGUAAAAUCGGACACUUAAUGAUCAUUUCUCAAUAGCGUUGUUUUAAAAUAUGCCAAAUGGCUUAGCCCCAUCACACAAUCCAAUUUUAAAUAGCUAAAGAUUUCCAUUAUACUAUACGGAGGAAAACAAAACAAAUAUUAAACACUAAAACUUAAGUGUCUCGCUUUACUUGAAUUCACCGAAUCACAUUUCCGAUUUUUUUUUUAACUUAAUUGAAUUCUUUGGGGUUUGUCAUUAUUGUCAUUGAACAUUGUCUGAAAGCAUCUAAAAGUGCAAGGGAAGGCCAAAUAAUUUACAUAACUGCAUCAGUGAUUUGAGGGUUUAAAUAUGUUGGGAGGACAUCUAACAUGAAAUUUGGUCUUAAAUUACUUCAAAAUUUUAAUCUUCUGAUAAACAUAAUUUAUUAGUCCAGAAAGUUGGAAGUUAUGGAAAUUUGUCAAUUGUAGCAUCUGAUAUUGUGAUAAAUGCAGAUUCAGUCAGUUAACCUAAAUUUGCUAAAUUACUAUCUUUAGAAUAAUAGAGACAAUACUGUAUAUAUUAACUAGUGUUGGCAUAAUUGCACCUCCAAACUACAGGCAUUUACUCUAAAUCAUUUAAAAGUUUGUUAAUACAUAGACCUGCAUCAUACCAUGCUACAUGCACUAAUCCCUUAAUUUGACAAUGUUGCCUAGUAACAGACAAGUCAAUUAAGGUGGACUGUACAUCUGAAAAUCACUCAAGAGAAAUUGAGAGACAGAAAAAGAGAGAAACUGGGGGUAAAAAAGAGAAAAUAAGGACAGGUUCUCUCACUGUAGAUUAACAUAUAGCUUCCCAGAUAGGGUCAUCAUGGCUAUAGUUAGUUUAUAGUUCAAUAUAUGACUCAUACAGGCCAUCAUCUUGAUAUGAAUUUGUUACUGUUGUCUUGUUUAGUAGAACUCUUUUAUGUGGCAGACCUCCACAAUCUUCCUUUUGUUAAUUAAGUCUGGACGUAAAUACUGUAUGUUGUGCAUAAUAAUUUGUAUACAGCCCUUUAAAUGAUGUCUGUGAAGCAUACAAUUUAAAAACAGACAUUAUGAUUGUGUGUGCAAUGUAAUGUGUAACUUGUUGAUGAAAGCUUGUUAUUGCUGGUUUUGUUUAUGUGGUCUAUAUUCAAAUAUUUUAGACAAUGUAUUUUAUAUUGAAUAUUGUUCAUUUAUUUUUCACUUGUCUUUGAUCUCAUG